AGUUUCUCAGUCAGUCGGUUUGAAAGAAAGAUAAAGAAAUUCAGUUAAGAUUGAUCCUCUGACCGGAUCACAUCAAUUCUACAGCUUGUGAAUAGUAACAUUGCGUUGUUCACAAUCGAAACUGUUGUUGGAUUAUGAGAAUAGGGAUUUUCGUUGAAUCAGUAAAAAUCAUUGAAGCAAAAAAGUGAGUAUGCGGUCAAUCGCUGUUCUUAUUAUCGCGGCUGUAUUUUCAAUACUUCAGGCUGUACCCCAUUCAAAUGCAUCAAAUGUAACAAACGAGCAGCUGCGUGAUGGACUUUUGAGUUUGGUACAUUCGUACUCUCUCUUAGAAAAUAAAUUGGAUCGGCAUGAACAGCGCGAAAGAGCUCUCGGUGAUGUGAUUAAACGUAGCCUGCAGACGCUGCAAAAGGGUCAAAAAAUAUUUGAACCAAUGCGGGGUACCUUUGCUCGACUGGAUGAACGAAUGAGCGAAAUCGAAUCGUUUCUAAUAGCACAAGAUGAAAAGUACAAGGAAGAACAAGCUAAAAUGGGCAAAGCAUUGGAAGCAAUCAUGAAGUGGAUGGUUGAAAAUAAAGUACCCUCAGAGUCUAGGCCAGCUGUAAAAUCGGAUGAAUCGUCUGAUGAGGAGGACGAAAGCUUGUCGAAGAAAGUGGAAGAUUUAUCAGAUAAUGUGAAAGAUCUUCGACGACAAAUUGCCGAAAUGGUAUCUGACAAAGACUCGACAUCUAAGGGAUUAUUGGAACAAACAGAGAAAUUGGUUAACUCUAAGCUAGCUUCAGCUGAUGAGGUCAUAUCCAAAAUUGAAGAAAAACUUACACACUUUUAUGUCACCGGACCAAUAUCAACACCAUCACCGUCACGAAGCAAUGAUUGGGAAGAUCAAAUCUACCAAACUUUACAAGAGAUCCGAUCCAAUGUCAACGCCAUAACAUCGACCAAGGGCGCAACAUCCGGCUCGAGUUCAGGACUCGACAAAGAAUUUUUCGAAACAAUAGCAAACCAAACAUUAGAAUCGAUUGAGGAUAUGAAAAUUGAAGUGUUGGCUGCAAGCGAUAAAAGUUUCACCAAAACUGCUACAAGAAUCAAAGAAACGGUUGAGCAUUUAGACGGUUCAAUAAAUGAGGUGUUGAAGACUCUGUCGGAUGCUGAUACAAAUACGGAAACAUUCCGUGAAGAUGCCCGAAAAAGUUUCACCGACCUGAAAACUGACCUUGCAGCACUGGGAAAAUUGGAGAACAUUUUGUUGCAAACAGCCGAUAAUGUGCUGUCUAUUAAGCGCGGUAUGGAAUUUAAUGUUCAUGCAAUUACCUUGGAAGUAGGGGAUGUUGUACGAUCCAGUGCCAAGGACAUGAAUUCAACAUUUUACAAGAGAUUCGAUGCACUCAACGAAACCAUAUUGAGCAAUCACAACGGUGCCCUAUCGAAUCUUACCGCAAAAAUUGAGACGGAAAUAAGUCAAGUGUGGCGGCAGAUUGGAAUCAUGUACCAGGAAGUUUCGUCCAGCAAACAAGCUCUUAACAAAUUGCAAGAACAAACUGAAGCUUAUGUUAACGGUACAUUUACUACCAUGGACAGUAUGGAAGGAAAAGUAUCGCAAAUCACCGGUCGUAUGGCUGAAGUGGACGAAAAUUUGAACUAUCUGUUAGGAAGACUCUCACUUGUGACACAAGAGUUUAAUCAAAUUAAGACUGGAUUGGGUAGUGCGUUGGAUAACAUCCGAAGUAGUUUCCAGAUUGUACAAAAUAAAGUGCAAAAUGUUGGUCCUGGACCUCAUAAUAUUCCAGACGAUGAACAUGGCAGUAGAUAAAAUGGAAUUGUGUGUGAAUUUUACUCUGACUCUCAUAAUACCUGUAGUUUUAAGUCAAAUUACCUUUAUGUACUAGUUUGUGUCUUCGCAUUCGGUUGCGUUCCGGACAACUGAUAAAAAUAACCGAGUGUACUUAUAGCAACCUUUUUUUAAUAAAUGACAGACGGGGAGCGAAGAAGAAUGUCA